AUGUGUAAUCGACAUACAACGAAAUUAAAUUUAUUUCUUUUAACAAUAACAUUUAUUAUUUAUUUGUUUGUUGGUGCUCAAUUAUUUUCGACAAUUGAACGACCAGCUGAACAAAUAAUUAUAAAUGAAAUGUCACAAACAAGAAAAGAUUUUCUUGAGAAAUAUCCAUGUGUUAAAGAAAACGAUUUUGAAUCAUUUAUUGUUACAUUACUUGAUGCUAAUAAACAUGGAGUAGAUGCACGGACAAAUUUUACAACGUAAGAAUCUAUAUAAAUUUAA